AUUUCAAUCGGGAUCGGGAUUCUCAACAGACAACUUGCCCUAAAAUUGACAAAUUCAAUUUGAAAUUGAUGGGAAAGCCCGGAAACUAAGAUUUGCGAUUAAAACUAUGUGGGGAAAAACUUCAAGGUGGAUGGUGAUGUUUCGUUCUUCGCCAGCCCUGAUGUGCCGUAGUAAAGAUAAUCCAGUGAGGCUGUUUGGUUGUUGGUAUUACAAUGCAUACUCUUCAUCAAGACACUACAGUGAUACAGCCUCGGAAAAACCGAAGAUAAACAGAGUUAUAACCCCAAAGGAUGAUAGAACUCAGCUUCAUUUCCGUAUCAUCAAUGACCCCAAGUUAACACUCAGGGAGAAGCACAUAAUGGUGUCAGCCCUGAUUGCUGAUGUCAAGUUCUUUGAUGAGGAAUACGGGAAAUUGGUGUAUGCUGAUCCGUACGGAAGAGAUGUCCUUCAGUUUAUGAAGACUAGGCAACUGCUUCCUUUAAUUGGAAUACCAGCAGCUUGUAUAAUAGCAUAUUUCAUCCCCUAUAGUAUUUAUAUACAGGCAGCAAUGGCUGGGGUGGUAUCCACUCUUUGUGUGACAGAAUUCUACAGGGCGAUGACAAACAUAAAGAAGAGGAUUUUCUUUAUUUACUAUGAGCCUCAGCAUCAAGUCUACACAGCAUUGAAUUUGACGGGGCUUCACGACUUUCAGGCAACACAUUUUAGUGAAGAGGACUUUCAACCCAGUGAGAAAGACGGACCACACAAAGUUAUGUUGCAUGGAAAGACUUUUUCUGCAUUUGAAGGAAAGGAUGCUUAUCUAAAUGACAAGUAUUUUGAAAUUUUGUGGAAAGAGAAAAUUGUUGAAAAAGAUGAUAACGUUAAAAAUGAAAUUGCUGAAACUGGAAAAGAAAAUAACAGUUGAUUGAGGAAUAUAUUUAUUUUGCUCUGA